CCCGUCCCCGUUCCCGUGCCCGCGUCGCCCUUCGCCGCCGCCCGACCCGAUCUCCCGUACGACGCUAGGGUUUCCGCCGCGGGUGUCUUUCCGCCGUAUGAGCAGCAGCCCCGCCAACCUGGACCGCCGGCACCGUCACCGAUCGUACCCCCAUGUCGUCCAAGAAGACCGCGGGCCCGUCCCGCGCCGCCGCCGGCGGCGCGAAGAAGGUGGCUAGUGGCGCGGGGGGCGUGAGCCUCCGGGCGCUGCGGGAGGGGCUUGCUCGCCAGAAGGAGGAGGAGGAGCGCAGGGCGCGGGAGCAGGAGCUGCAGGCGCAGGCGGAGGAGGAGAGGGGGCGGCGGGAGGCGGAGGAGGAGGAGGAGAGGAGGAAGCUGAGGGAGCAGGAGCUGAAGCGGAGGGAGGAGGACAGGCAGCGGAGGCGGCUGGAGGAGAGGAAGCGGGAGGAGAGCCGGCGCGCGGAGGAGGCGCGCAGGCGGCUCGGCAUCACCGCCCCCCUUGUUGAGGGCGGCGGUGCUGCUGGUGUGGAUGAUGGCCGGAAGAAGCGGCCGGUGUAUCACUCCAGGAGACCUGCGUUGAAGCCCAAGACUGUCGAAUCUGAAGCUGAUGUGGGAGGAGACCAGGGCUCGAGCGGUGUUUCGCAAGAAGAGGAAAACAGCGCCGCCCUCAAUGAGGCGCUCAAAUUGGGGGAGGGAUCAAGCGAUGGAUCAUUGGAAGAGGACAGAACAGCAAUCGGUGAUGAUGAUGAUGAGGAGGAGGAUGCUUGGGAUAGCAAGAGCCUCGAUGAAUUUGAUGUCAUGUCUGCUGCUGGCAAUUCUCACUCAUCUGGUUCUGAAGAAGAUAUCAAAGAGAAACAUGUUAUCUCCACUGCUCCGGUCGUUAAUCCAGACAAUGCAGUCAAUGAGAUUGUGGAGGAUAUCUUCGACGCUCAGGAUGUAGCUUCAGGAGAUGAAAAGGAGCUUCGGGCACCGAUAUGCUGCAUCCUUGGGCACGUGGAUGCCGGAAAGACGAAGCUCCUCGAUUGCAUCCGGGGCACCCAUGUGCAGGAGCGGGAGGCCGGGGGCAUCACACAACAGAUUGGCGCCACCUACUUACCGGCUGAAAACAUCAGGGACAGGACGAGUUUAAAAGCUGAAACCGCCAUCAAAGUUCCUGGUUUGCUCGUGAUUGACACCCCUGGCCAUGAGUCCUUCAGUAAAAUGCGCUCAAGGGGAUUGAGUAUGUGUGACGUCGCCGUGGUUGUCGUCGAUAUUACGAAGGGGCUUGAGAAGCAGACAGUUGAAUCCCUCCAUCUUUUGAGACGCCACAAUGUGAGCUUCAUUGUCGCCUUGAACAAGGUUGACCGGCUCUAUGGGUGGAAGGAAUGUACCAAUGCACCAAUAGUCGAGGCGCUCAAGAAGCAAUCUGAUGACGUCAAAAGUGAAUACAAAUGGAGGUUAACUAAGGUUGUAACAGAUUUUAAGGAAAAUGGCUUCAACACUGCUCCUUACUAUGAAAACAAUAAGAAGAAAAAAGUGGUUAACAUUGUCCCGACCAGUGCUGAAAGCGGUGAAGGUGUGCCAGAUCUUCUACUGCUACUGGUGCGAUGGCUGCCUGACAUAAUUACAGAUAAGCUGGCCUAUGACGAUACAGUAGAGUGUACAGUACUAGAAGUCAAUGAACAUAAAGAUUUGGGAACUACUAUUGACGUAGUACUGAUUAAUGGUGUGCUGCGCCAAGGGGAUCAAGUAAUUGUUUGCACUAAACAGGGGCCUGUUACAACCAUUAUUAGAGAUUUGUUGACCCCUCAUCCAAUGAAAGAACUCAAAGCUAAGGGUGCAUAUAAGCAUCACAAGGAGGUCAGAGCUGCGCAGGGGGUAAAAAUUGUGGCACGGGGACUUCAAUAUGCAAUGGCUGGCACUUCUCUCAUUGUAGUGAAGCCAGGGGAUGAUUUGCGACAAGCUGAAGCAGCUGCAAUGCAAGAGAUUGAUAUGGCCAUUAGAACGACAGAUGAGAACGAAAAGGGAACAAAAACUCAAGAAGUUAGUAGUAUCAAGACUUGCAAGGAGGGCAUCUAUGUGCAAGCUUCCAGUGUUGGAACCUUGGAAGCUAUCAUUGCGCACUUGAAGAGCAGUAGUGUGGACAUUCCUGUUUAUGCUUGGAACUUAGGACCCGUGUACAAGCAGGAUGUCAUGAAGGCAAGUGCCAUGCUGAAGCGGAAAGAAGAGUAUGCAGUCAUCUUGGCCUUUGACGUCAAAGUGAUGCCUGAGGCUAGUGCCCUUGCAGCUGAAUCAGGGUUGAAGAUUAUUACUGCUGAUACGGUAUAUAGGCUCGUCAACAUCUAUACUGAGCACAUUAAGGGAUUGAAGGAAGCGAAGAAAAUGCAAUUUGCAGCUGAGGCAGUUUUCCCAUGCACCCUGAAGAUUCUGCCAAACCGUGUCUACCAUAGCAAGGAUCCAAUUGUUUGCGACGUUGAAGUUGUGGAAGGUGUCGUCAAGGUGGGAGCCCCGAUAUGUGUCUUCACCCCGAGCAAGGAUAAAAGCAAGAAUAUAAUAGUUCAUAGCCUCGGGAGGAUCUCCUCCAUGCAAACGUCCAAUGGCAAUCAGAUUUUCUUGGCCAGGAAUGGAGUUGUGGCCAUAAAGAUAAGCGGUGACAGCCCUCAGGAGAAAUCCCGGUCUUAUGGACGCCAUUUUGAUUCUAGCAAUGAGCUGGUCAGCGAGAUCUCGAGGAGAUCCAUCGAUGUGCUCAAAGAGUGCUUUCGGGAUGAAAUGAGCGCUGAAAAUUGGCAGCUUAUCAGCAGGCUGAAGACACAGUUCAAGAUAGCCUGAAGCGCUGGGAGAUUUUUAUUUUACCAUAGUUUCUUUUCUCCAUUCUUUUCCCUUUCUGUUCUGUGCCUCAAGACACUUACAGCUAUGUGGGCUUAUCGCUUAUGUAUUGGUUUUUCGGGUCGGAAUGAUGAAAGUCUUGGAACACAUAUUUACCUAUAUUUGCAAUUUUGUAAAGCUCAGAAUGUUGAACCUGGA